AUGAAACUGUUCGUGUCGGUGUUGGUAAUCCUUUUGCUUUUCAUAAUCAGUGAGGUUACUUCAUAUACUUGUAAUGGAAUUCCUGGAACAGACAAUUCGACUUGUGGAGGGAAUAUUUGCUAUGGUGAAAACAGCUGCCUCUGUGUUGAUCUUUCAGAAAAAACAGGCCUCACUGAACAAUCACCAAUUCUCUAUGCAACUAAAGCAUUAACAUCUGCUGAUGGAAAGUUGACUUUAAUCUUGAACGAUGAUGGUAGUCUCAUUCAGAUAGGUCUCAGAACAAUGACUCGGUAUAGUUCUACUUUCGGCCCAGCAACUGAUGGUUAUAAGUUAGUGUUAACACAAACUGGUUCUCUUAAAUUGUACGACGGUAACACGGAAAAGGCAGAUUUGAAUCAACACAGGGAAGCCAUGAAAACUGGUGAGUGUGCUAGUCAGUCUCCACCUUUCAAAUUUGUUCUCCAAGUUGAUGGGAACAUGGUUCUUUAUUCUUUAGAAGGUGCUUGUUUAACUUUUCCUUUCCAUGGGUUUGGAAAGGAUACUUUUUUUCCUCCUGGCAGCUUGACAGAUUAUGGUGUACUUUGGGGUGGUUCAAAUUGUCAAACUCCAAAGUGUAAUGGUAUUGUGGCCACACAUCCAAAAGCAUGUCCUCAAUAUACCACAUGUGUUGCUCCAAACACUUGUCAAUAUCCAACAUGUAAUGGAAUUUCAGGUGACAACUCAACUGUUUGCUCAGGCCACGGAACAUGUACAGCCAUAGAUACUUGUAAAUGUGAAACAAAUUACUUUGGUGCAGAUUGUCAACUUUUUAAUUGUAGUGAUAUUUUGAAUACUGACCACAACGUUUGCUCAGGACAUGGAAGUUGUGUUGCUCCAAACAAUUGCUCCUGUUUAUCUGGAUACAGUGGUGCUGAUUGUAGUUUAUUCAAAUGUUAUGACAUUGCUCCAGGUAAUGCAUCAGUUUGUUCUGGUCAUGGUAGUUGCAUUGCUCCAAAUAAUUGUUCAUGCACCUAUGGAUACUAUGGUAGUAAUUGUAGUGAAUACGAAUGUUUUGGUACAUUAUUUACUUCUUCAUCAGUUUGUUCUUCUCAAGGAAUAUGUCUCUCACCAAAUAAUUGCUCAUGCUCAAACGAUUACUAUGGAAAUGAUUGUAGCCAAUUUGAUUGUUUUGGAACUGCCUCAAAAAGUGCAUCAGCAUGUUCUGUUCAUGGAACCUGUCUCUCACCAAAUAACUGCUCAUGCUUAGCUGGAUAUAGUGGAUCAGAUUGCAGUUCUUUCAAAUGUUUUGAUAUUUCACCAAGUAAUUCAUCAGCUUGCUCUGGAAAUGGCUAUUGUAUUGCACCAAAUAAUUGUUCAUGCACCUCUGGAUACUAUGGAAAUGAAUGUGCUGAGUUUGAUUGUUUUGGAACUGCCUCAACAAGUGGUUCAGUUUGUUUUGGACAUGGUGAUUGCAUCUCACCAAAUAAUUGCUCAUGCUCUAACGAACAUUACGGAAAUGACUGUGCUGAGUUUGAUUGUUUUGGAGCUGCCUCAACAAGUGGUUCAGUUUGUUCUAGUUAUGGUCGUUGUGUCUCACCAAAUAACUGUUCAUGCUUAGCUGGAUAUUAUGGAAAUGAUUGUAGUGAAUUUGAUUGUUACGAAACUGCCUCCACAAAUGCAUCAGCAUGUUCUGGACAUGGUGGUUGCAUCUCACCAAAUAAUUGUUCUUGUUUAGAUGGAUACUACGGAAAUGAUUGUAGUCAAUUUGAUUGUUACGAAACUGCCUCCACAAAUGCAUCAGCAUGUUCUGGACAUGGUGGUUGCAUCUCACCAAAUAAUUGUUCUUGUUUAGAUGGAUACUACGGGAAUGAUUGUAGUCAAUUUGAUUGUUAUGGAACUGCCUCAACAAGUGGUUCAGCAUGUUAUGGACAUGGUGGUUGCAUCUCCCCAAAUAAUUGCUCCUCAUGUUAUGGAAAAGGUAGAUGUGAUUUUUUCGAUCAUUGUUCUUGUCAAUCUGGAUAUUACGGAAGUCAUUGUGCUCAAUUCACUUGUGGUGGCAUUUCUUCCAAUGCUUCAUCUGUUUGUUCUGGACAUGGUCAAUGUACAGAUUUGAAUAUUUGUGUCUGUGAUAACAUAGCUGGCAAAGGUUAUUGGACUGGUGCAGAUUGUUCAGCAUGUGUUUCUCCUUAUUUAGGAGCUAUGUGUAAUAGUUUGGUUAAAUGUAAUGCCUCAACUACUUGUAGUGGAAAUGGUUAUUGUAAUGAGCUUGAACAAUGUACUUGUUAUGCAGAUAACAAGAAAGGUUUCUGGAAGGGUGAAUCUUGUUCUACCUGUGCAGAUGGAGUUUAUGGUGAAUUGUGUUCAACAAAGAUUAUUGGACCAGUUCUUUUUAUGGAUGAUUUGACUGGUUUGACAUUUAAGGUUAUUGCACCUGCAUCUUAUUCUUCUUUAUAUACUAAUAGUAUGAUUCUUGAUUGUAACAAGUUGUUGAAGAGUAUUGAUCUUCUUGGAACUAAUCCAAAAUGUUACUGGUCUAACAAGGAAACGUUUGAAUUCUCAAUUGAACUUAACACGGACUACAAAUUGAAGGCAGGUGAUAGUAUCUCUUUGAAUAAUUUAUACUUUGAAUCAAAUAAUGUCAAUGCUCAAUAUUUGGCAUUUACUGUCCAAGGUGCUUUAUCACCAAAGAGUCCGAUUGCCACAAUAUCUGGAGCUAAGGACACUUAUGGAAGUUGUGAAGAUGUUUUAAUUGAUGCUUCUGAAAGUUAUUCCCCUGAUAGAAAGACAUUGAAUUUCAAAUGGACUGUAUUGUCAUCACCAAAUAAGGUAGAACUUCAAAAGUUAUUGGAUUCUACUCUUGCUUCCCCAAGUAAAUUGAAUAUUAGCUAUUCUGGUAUGAAUGCUGGUGUUCAUCAAUUUGAAUUGGCUGUAACUAGUCAAGUUUAUUCAUUGGUUGAUAAGAUUCAAUUCAGUUUCACCAAACUUACCUAUGCUGUUCCAGUUGUUUCCAUUGAUGGCUUAUAUAAAAGUAGUUCAGUUACUGUCAAGACUAGUGACGUUCCAAUUUCAUUCAAGAAGAAGCUGUCCAUUCCAAUAUGCAUGGAAUCUGCUGCAAAUAUUGAUUACACAUGGACACAAAUCAGUGGUCCUCAAGUAGAAUUCACAGUUGAUUCAUUCAAGAAUUUAAAGAUUACCAAUUUCAAUACCAUUGAAACAAGACAAUAUGUUUUCAAAGUCUCUGCUUUCGAUACUUCUAAUGUUAACAAAUUUUCAACAGCUCUUGUCACUAUCGACACUGUAGCUCAAGCACUCUCAAUGAACAUGUAUGUUUUAGAUUCUACUCCUCAAUACAGUACCAUUGGAAUUGAUUUCACUGAUCCAGAAUCUGAAAAUGUUCAACCAACUUAUUCUUGGACAUGUGUGGACACUGUUACUAAUACUGUUUGUCCAGUUGAUGUUGUUAAUUACUUGUCUCAAGGUUUUCUUGAACAAUACAAGAUUGAAAAGUCAAUGUUUGGUUCAGCAGAAAAUGUUAGAAUUAGCCUCACUAUUCGAAAGGGAAGUAGAUUUGUUCAAUCAUCAGUUGAUUUGAAUUUUCCACAACAAGCAGAACAUUUAAUCAUGCCACCUUUGAUCUCCGUUGUUCAAGUAUCUUCUUCAAAGGUUAAUAAGGGAGAUUAUGUCAAUAUUCAAUUGGUUGUCACUAUUAAUGGUGAUUUAAAUAUAGAUCAAUUCAUCUCAAGAACAUGGUUAUUGAAUGACAAGGCUAUUGAUGCUAUAUUAACAUCACCAAUGAGUAUCAGUUCAUCAUUGUCAAAUUCUCUAAUUUUGGAUACUCAAUAUUUGGAUGAAGGUAGUUCUAAUACCAUUUCAUUAACUAUCUUGGAUAAGAGAAAUAAUCAAAAGACAUCAUAUUCUUAUUCCUUCUCUGUUAACAGACCUCCAAAAGCAUGUAGUUGUGCCAUUAGUCCAACUUCUGGUAUUGCUUUGACCACAAUCUUUACUUUCAAUUGUGAAAAUUGUCAAAAUGAUAAGAAGACUUAUGCUUUCGAAUAUGGUUUUAUUGAUGAUUUCUCAGGUGCUUUAAUUACCUUAUCAAAGGAUGAAGAAUUGUACCAAAAACUUCCAACUCCAAAUUCUGGUAAUAAUCUUGAACUGUAUGUUAAGGUUAUUGAUACUGAAACAUCUGCAACAACUCUUUCCAAGAAAUCAGUUCAAAUUACAGCUCCAUAUGUAUCAAAGGUAAAGGAUAUCAAGGAGUACAUGACAAAAUGGAACGCCAUCACCUUAUUAUUACCAACUGGUGAUUAUGCUAGAUCUGUUUUCAAUUCUGCAAUCAUUUCAAGAGUCCUCAAGAGAAUGACAGAUUCUCUCGCCCCUAAAUCAAGAAGUGUAAAGAAAGAUUGUUCUGGACAUGGUUCAUUGGUUAAUGGAAAAUGUGUUUGUGAGGCUGAUUACACAACAUUUGACUGUAGAAUGACAAAGGAAGAUUAUGAAAUUUUGAAUGAAAUUACUCAAGAUUUGGCUACUGCUUUCUUUUCUUCCCAACAAGUCAAGAAUGAAAAUGGAGAAAAGAUAACUGGAAGGUUUUUUACUAACAUUAUGUUCGGUAUUGAAUCUAUGUUGAAGAGUUACGUUUCUGCUAAUGUCUAUAACAUGAGUAUGAAUAUUAUCAAGUCAACCUUGAAUGAUGCUGAAAACACUCCAUUAUUCCAAUUUGAAGUUGGUGUUGAAAGGUUGUUGCUUUCGUCCCUCAAUUCCAUGCAUUCUUAUUUAAAGACUUUGCCUUCGUAUGACUAUUCAGAAUUGAUGGAAAGUUGUCACAUGGUGGUUUCAUUACUUUCAAGAAAGGUUCUUGUUGGUCAAUCAUCUUUCAAGUUUGAACCUAAUUUUGCAGUUCAUCAAUUCAACAAGCAAUUUAAGAAUACUUUUGAUUCACAAGUUUUGACAGAAAGUCAAACUUCAUUAACUCUUCCUUCAACUGUUUCUCAAAGGUUACAAAGUGUCUCUCUCAGAAAGCCAGUCAAUUACAUUUGGAUGAUUAUUAAGGAUGUUUCUCAAUAUGUAACUCCUCAACAAGAAGGUACAACUAAUACUAUUGUCUCUGAUUUAUCUGAAAUUAAAUUCUCAACAUCUAUUACAAACUAUUCCUCUCCAAUAACUCAUUCCUUGCCACUUACACAAACUUUUAAUGAUAAGGCAACUUAUUCGUGCAUUCAAGUUACAAAUGGUCAAGUCAUUGAUGCUUCUUCAUGUAAAUUCUCCUUCAAUUCUAAUUCUGGCCAAUGUGAAUGUUCAGAAAAUGUUAGAGUUGGUAUUUUAUCAUCUGUUCCAAUUGAAAAACAAGUUAAUCCUGAAACUCCAAAGGGAAUCUCUGAGUUAUUCUGGAUUUUGUGGGCUUUUUUGAUUAUUUGCUUUAUCAUUAUUGCCUUUAUUGUAUUGGGAAUUUUUGGUUAUUGUGUUGUUAAGAGAAUGAAACCAGAAACUACAAAUUCCUCAAAACAAGGAGUUGAAAUGAAGUCUGUUUAA